GUAGUGACCUGAAGGGAUUAGUUACCAGGUGACGGGCAGGCUGAGCCCCUCUCCGGUCACUGACCGGUCACCGUGUUCUCUGAAUGUGAUAUGGAACCGGAACAUCCCAACAGGUGCCCCACACUUGUCCGGAGAAGUCACAAAUCCGCAGACCUUAGCUGGGUAUAGUCUCGGUAUGGCAUCUACCUGGGAGGCCGUGAAGGACUUCUAUGUGUGGGCUCUGGAGAAUGGAGACAGUCGGACGGACCCCUGGCUCCUGGUUUACUCCCCUGUCCCCGUCAUCCUCAUAUUUGCCGUCUACCUCCUGAUUGUGGCCCUGGGACCCCGACUGAUGGAAGGGCGUGAGCCCUUCACCCUGCGCUUGGUUCUGCUAGUCUAUAACCUUUGUCUAGUGGGCCUGUCUGUCUAUAUGUUCUAUGAGUUUCUGGUGACUUCGGCGUUGGCCGGGUACAGCUACUUCUGUCAACCAGUGGACUACAGUAACAGUGAGCUGGGCCUGCGGAUGGCCAGAGUGUGCUGGUGGUUCUUCUUCUCCAAGGUCAUUGAGCUCCUAGACACCAUCUUUUUCAUCAUGAGGAAGAAGUUCACUCAGAUCUCCUUCCUCCACGUCUAUCACCACGCCACCAUGAUCUUCAACUGGUGGGCCGGGGUCAAGUACGUGGCCGGAGGACAGGCAUUUUUCAUUGGCAUGCUGAACUCCUUUGUCCACAUCUUCAUGUACCUGUACUACGGUCUGGCGGUCCUGGGGCCCUCUGUGCAGAAGUACUUGUGGUGGAAGAGAUACCUGACCAUGAUGCAGCUGACCCAGUUUGUGGCAAUUGCUUUCCACUCCGGCUACAACCUCUUCACAGACUGCCCGUUUCCCGAUGGGUUCAACGGAGCCGUCUUUGGUUAUAUCAUUUCCCUCAUCAUCCUUUUCCUCAACUUCUACUACCAGACCUACAUCCGCCGAUCCCCCAAGAAGAAGACGUUGUGAGAAUGCCCCGCCUCUGAGAAGAGGAUGCUCCUCCCACGCAGAGCAGAACACAAAACGGCAGCAUCAGCCUGAAAGAGUCUAUGACAAAAGCAGAGGGUGAGAUGAGAAGUCAAGAAAUGCAGACAAAGUUACCAUAGAGAGCCAGGACACUGCUCGGGGACCUACCCAAGGGUCGCAUACAGCACCUAGGGGCCACUAAACUACAGGAAGAAUAUUAAAGCACGGUUCAGGGGGGGCCACACAGGGGGGGCCCUGAGAACAGAGAGGGCAUUGUAAAGGCACUCCUAUGGUCAGCGGCGAGUGCUGUACAGUUAUUGCCCCUUCAACUGUUAUUUGCUGGUUGUUCCUUGGAAGUGAUGAACCCGGAAGAUUUACAACUUUUCAUCAACAUUUUAUACAUUUUUAUUUAUUAAGAACACUUUUUAUUCAUUGAAGACUGACAGUUGCUUUUCUGUUGAUUGUCUGACCCCCUGCACUGUCUCCCAGAUUCUGAGUGUGCAUAACAGUA